UUCCUAAACCCCUGGUGGAGCUCCACGUGAAGCUGCUCAGAAAACUGGGGAGGUCUGUGACGACUGACCGCUGGGAGAAAUACCUGGCUAAGGUGUGCCAGGAGCUGAACAGCACCUGGGCCUGGGAGCUGGAACAGAAGGGCUACCAGGAGAUGUCCAUGGAGUGCAAGUCAUGCAUCCUAAAAUAUCUAUGCGAGUGUCAGUUUGAUGACAACCUGAAGUUCAAGAUGGCGAUCAAUGAGGAGGACCCAGAGAAGAUGCGCCUCCAGCCAAUAGGCCGGGACCAGCAGGGCCUGAUGUACUGGCUGCAGCUGGACCCUGAGCAGAACAUCCGCCUGUACACAGAGGAGCAGGACGACCUGGACGGCUCCACCUGGAAGUGCAUCGUCAGGAACCGCACCGACCUGGCGGAGGCUUUGGAGCUGCUAAAGGGACAGGUUGAACCCAAACAGAGUCAGGACCAGGAACAGAACCAGGACCUGGAUAGGAGUGCCAGCCCCACACAGACAGGUGCAGGUGAAUGGAGUUUAGAUCAUAGGAGUAUUACCGAGAGAGAAUAUAUAAAGUUGUUGUCCUCCUCCAAUGACUGAAAUCACAUUUAGGCAGGGAACACUGAUCUAAUGCAAAGAUGAAAAAAAAAGGAACUCAGAACAAUUUCCCUCUUUUAAAGGCCAAAGAUAAAAGAAAUACCAAAAAUGAUAAUGAUCUGAAAUUAAUAUAAUGAAAGUCAAAUAUAAUAGUAGUAGUAGUUUAUAUAGUGGUUUAUAUCAAUGCAAAGAGUUGUCCCUGAAGGAUUUUAGUGUGUGUGUGUGUGUGUGUGUGUGUGUGUGUGUGUGUG